GCUCCUUCAUUUUUUUCUAAUUUUUUUACGUCAUAUGACUUAACUUACUUCAUGCCUUUUUCCCCGAAUUUCCCCCAACCCCCCCAAAAAAAAAAUCCAAUCUAAUCAACAACCUUAAAGACCCCAAACAACCUGCAUUACACUUUCUAACAAUCGCCUCCCUAACCCUAAAAUUCUCCCCUUGUUUCUUUUAUUUUCUUUCUCACUUGUAGAACAACAAAAAAAUAGUAAAAGAAACCCCCGAAAGCCCCAAAUUACUCUCAAUUCUUCAUGGAUUCGACCCCUGAUUUCCCUUUUGGUUUCUCCCGGUUUUUAUUCGGAUGACAGAAUCUUCAUAAUUUACAUAAAUAAGAAGGUACUAUUAUUUUUCAAAAAUAGAAACCCUAAAUUUUUAUUUAUUUAUUGUUGUGAUGGAGUCGAAUCCAAUCGUUAUCGAUAUAAGCUCCGACGACGAUGAGGCGACGUCGACUUGGAAGGAGCCGAAAGGAGACGACUACGAUUGGUUAUCGGAAGUUCUAAAAGCAGUUGAUAAAAGGUUCGACGAUCCUGAUGAGGUGGUGGUGGUCGGGGAGGUCAGCCCUAAUAAGAAAUCAAACUCAUGGAACUCAUCGGUGAGGAAGGUUGUUAAUGAGAAUGAUGAUGAUUGUGUCGUUUUGGAAGGUGAUCCUAAUAAGGCGUUGUCCAAUGUUAAUGAUCCCCAAGAGGAUUCCGAUGAGUUGCUUAUUGUAGGCCAAAAAGGGCAGAUUGCAUGCAGAGAUUUCCCCCAUCCACGGCAUGAUUGUGCUAAAUUUCCUUUCAGUUCAACCUCUCAUGAGCAGCACUGUGAACUGUGCCAUUGCUUUGUUUGUGACAUGCGAGCACCGUGUUGUUAUUGGGGCUCAGGUGUCUCUAAUGUUGAUCAUUGUCAUGCCACUAAUAAAGAGGAGAUAUGGAAGACUCUGCGGAAGAAUUUCAGGCUUGAGAGAAAUGUUCCCAUUCCAGUUGCAAAAGCUCCUGUAACUUCUCAAUCUACAGCAGUGCCUCAACUUAACCAAGUUCCACGUCAUGACAUUAUUCAGUUGACAAUGCAAAAUCAAGUUUCUGGGCUAACUCCAACUCAAGCUACUGGGAACUGCAGACCUCAAAAAAAUCAUGUCCCAAGGCCAUCCAUAAUUCCUGCAUCUCCAUCCUCCACCAGAUUUGGGAUUCCAUAUAACCCAAGUGUGGGUAGCAGACAUGUUCUAAGUAAAAGCACAAUUCAGCCACGUUCAGUUUCACCACAGUUGCUAGGUGUGCGUGAUACUGUAAUUCGAAGGGAUCGAGGCAUUAAGGUUAGCCACUUGGGUUCCCAAUUUGUCCCAUCCAACACAAUAUCCAAAAGACUUGACACUGAAGUUGCGUCUGCAAUAAACCGAGCUGCAUAUGCUCCAUCAGAAAACAUUACUUCUUCUCAUGCAUCGCAGAAUCAACAAAAUCCUGCUUCAGUUACAAUAUCAAAUGAAAGGAAUCUGGAUUCCAUUGGCUGGACAAACAUUUGUUCUGGCACAAACUUGGGAACGUAUGCACAUCAGAGCUCCUCACAGCCUAGUAUGGGCAGUUUCUUUACAAACUUAGCAUCCUCCCAAUCCUCGGUUUACAGUCAGCCUGUUCCUCAAUCAAAUGUACACCAAGAUACCAAUCACCUUCAGAAUCAAAAUCAACCUGCAACAAAUUAUGGUUUUUCAGAUUUUGACUUAAAUUGGGUCAACAACAUCAGUCAAAGCAAUCAACAAUCUUCUGUUGAUAAUUUACAGCUUCAAUUCCGAGGGUCCUCACAUGUGAAAGAACCAUUCAAGGACGUAAAUGAGCAAGAUAAAUCAUAUUACGAGUUUGAGAGCUUCCUUUUUGAUAACCAGUACGAUCCUGAAAAUUCCCUUACUGCAGAACUUAAUCCACUGUCUCCUGAUCAUAUAUCUAUUGAUACUGGUAUGCUUUGCUUUGAUAUUGACACCUCUUGGGAUUGCCUAACUCGUGCAUAGCUGAUUAGCAUUGCUUGAGCAUCCUAGGGAAGUAAACUCCGUCCUUGUGCAAUGCACCUUGAAAGAGAAGCAAGGGAUGGCAUGCUAUUUGGUAGUAUUGGUUUUGAAACUGUACCAUAGAAGCUUUGAUGGUGUACAAUCGUAUAAAAAGCGACAGGGGCUGAGUGAUGUUGUACAGAAGCGAGUUGUAACCCAAUUUUCAAUAUUUAUGAAUCCAAAAGCAUCAAAUAAUUGCAGGUUUGCAGUUGUACAAGCAAGUUACAAUUUACAUGAUGUGUCAGGUGACCAAAAACAAGGACAGAUGGUGUUUUACUUUUUAAUGCUGUCCUUCCAGCAAACAGCAGAAGAGUGAUAACAAUAAAAUGGCGCAAUAGAUGGAAACAGGCUCAGAACCAAAAGAGAAAGUGAGACGGCUGACCUCUAAGCCAUUUCUGCCCUCAAAGAAUCAGCUGCUUUGGAACUCAAGGAGAAAGGCAGCGAGAUUGUGAAAAAGGGCAAAAAGCAUUACCCAGAAGCCAUAGACUGUUACAGUAGAGCCAUCAACCAGAAAGUUCUAAAUGAUGAAGGCAUAUUACUGAGCUGUCAAAGUGUGUCUGUCAUUGCUUUUAAUACCCAUGGAGCUAUUGAAUUCUACUAUGAGGCUGGUUCUGGGGUUUUUGUCUGUCUAAGGCCAAAAUUCUCCAUUAUCUCCUAGAAGGAACUGCAGCUUCCAAUGUGGAAAGCAUUGGAAAGGAAGAGAAGGAUGCAGCUGAUGGUUUUCUUUACAGCAAUUCUGCAGAGCUGAAAAAUGGACACCUCCAGUUUGGGUUAAAGGCACCCGCAUGCUAGACAGCUAGUGAGUGGUUUUUAUUGCAUCUUAGAAGAGUUAAAGCAAGCAGUUGAAAUCAGCAAAGACAAGGUUGUGGUAUUAUUUUCCAAAGGCUUUUCAUGUAUUGGAUAGUAGGCAUUUCAUUGUUGUUGAAACAACAAAGACAAACUGGAAGAAAAUAGAAAGGAAGUAGUUUCUUUUACAGCUUUAAUAACUUGAAUGAUAAAGUCUAUUUGCUUUAGCACUUGCAAAAUUUCUGUGACUAACUUUUGAGUUGUACUAUCCUAAUUGCAUCAGUGGUUUAUCUGUUAAGCAUGUGAACGGCUGUCAAAUAUUCAAACUCUUGUUGCUCAAGGUUAGCCCAAAAAGAAAGAAAAAAAAGCAAGGCAGAUCAAACAAGUUCAAGUAACUGAGUUUUUCUUUUUUUUGGAUUUAACCAUCGAAAAAUCUCGCGUUUUUUCAUUUGAAAAAAGUUGUUAAGAUUAAAAUCUAGUUAGCUUACCGUACUUCCUAUCCAGAAGGAAAUUCUGUUAAAGGUUCUGUUGAGUCUUGUAUUCUAUUUUGAACUCUCUUUGGAAUCUCCUAGCCAUGAGGAGUCUGCUGAGUUAUGUACACCUUUAAACUUCAAUAAAAAAAUGGGAACCCCACACAGCUAUACUGCCAGUCCUGAGUCGACAACUUCUCCAAAUCCUCACUUUCGUUUCCUC